AUGGCGGCACCUCCGCUCCCACUUGCCCCUCUGUCGCUGGCGGUGUUGCUCGGCGGCCUGGGUAGUCUCGUCAUGCUACUUACCCUUUACGUCCUUCCUGCUACUCUCUCCUCGGUCGUCCCCCAAUGGCGCGCCCGACAAACCCCAGCCCAUCUUCUAGUCGUCCUAGGCAGCGGCGGACAUACCGCCGAGAUGUUUUCGAUGCUCCGGCGCAUGAAGCUCGAUCCGUCGCAGUAUACGUAUCGCACCUACGUGGUGAGCUCGGGGGAUGAUUUCAGUGCUCGAGCGGCGACUCGGUUCGAAACCGACUACCUCGGACUCGCCGCAUCGUACACCAUCGUGACGGUGCCACGCGCGCGUCGCGUGCACCAGUCCUACGUGACAGCUCCUUUCUCCACCUUGAAAUGCUUCUACGCAUGUCUUCUGGUGCUGUGCGGGCGUCAUCCCGAUCAACCUUCCCGGCCUCCCUUGCUGGUCUCCCCGUAUCCGGAUCUCAUCCUCACUAACGGUCCUGCCACGGGAGUCUGCGUCAUUCUGGCCGCCAGGCUCCUCCGGUUGUACCAUGCCCUGGUUGCCUGUUUCACGCGCAGUAAUAGGCUGAAUGUCGUCCACGCGGACCGAGCACCGGACAACCGAUUGCUAAUACGGGACAGUUUCCAGCUUCGUACGAUCUUUGUAGAGUCCUGGGCGCGAGUGACCAGCUUGAGUCUCUCGGGCAAGCUACUACUUCCUUUCGCCGAUCGAUUCCUCGUCCAAUGGCCGGCCUUGGAAGGAAAGCGGGCGUGGAAGGGCAUGAGGCCGACAGAGUAUGUUGGUACUCUUGUGGAAUGA